GAAUUCGUCAAAUGAAUACUGAAAAUGUCAUUAAUAUUCUACGAUCUAAAAAUUUAUUGCUUUCUUAUUUAGAAUGUGAAGCAUGUAUGCUGCCAAUGGUUGAAAGAUCUAGAAAAGUUUUAGAUGGGGUUUGUUGGGUUUGUACAAAUGCUAAUUGCUAUAAAUUUAGAACUACAAAAAGUAUACGGACAAACUCUUUCUUUGAUAAAUUUAGGAUUUCUUUAUCAGAUAUUUUUUCUGUUGUAAUAUUGUGGUCUGAAGGGAAAAACUUUUCAUCAAUUAUUUCUAAUUACGGCUAUACUAAAGAGGUAUUAUCAAGAAUUAUACUAAAAAUUAGAAAAAUCAUUAAAAUAUACUAUGAUACUGAACAAAUAAGGCUUGGUGGACCAGGAAUAGUUUGUCAGAUAGACGAGAGUCAAUUUGUACACAAAGUAAAACACAAUCGUGGACGUGCACCUUCAAGUGAUAUAUGGGUAUUUGGAAUAGCUGAUACUUCUUACUCGCCUUCUAGGUGUUAUAUGGAAAUCGUACCUGAUCGAAAGGCUGAAACGUUACUGCCUAUUAUAAGAAAAGUUUGCAAAUCUGGAACUAUAAUUCAUUCAGACUGUUGGAAAGCUUAUUUAAAUAUUGAACGAGAUCUUGGAUUUAGUCAUAAUACAGUGAAGCAUAAACUUUAUUUUGUUGAUCCUAAUUCUGGAGUUCACACUCAAAACAUUGAGUCUUUUUGGAACAAAAUGAAACGAGUUACAAAGUCUA